GUCUCGAGGUGGGGGAUCGCCAGUCACCUCGCCAGCACAGCACAUUUUGCCACGACGUCAUUCGUUCGUGUGCUCGCGCGACGUGCAGUCGAGGGUCCGUCGUUCGUUGCAUCUCCAGGAGUUUCGUCAGCUAUUUUUUACAGUUUCAGUGUGGAAAUCGUGCGGAAGACACGGUACACCUCCAGAGUGCUGCAUAACGUGUUUGUCGCGGUAUAGAGUUCGCUCUUCUACGACCCACGACUCAUUUUGACGUUUCCCGUUCAUCUGUCAAACACCAUAUCUACGAUCAUUUAUAAGGAGUUAUAGUUCCAUUUUUUGUUAUAACUGUGCCGGAAUACUCGUUUGUGCAACUACUCACUUCCAUAGAAACGCGUGAAUCUGGAACGAGCUAAAAUAGCCUGAAGUGCAAGCUGCUGAUCGAGAAUUGUUAACUUGAGAAAAGGCUCGCAUUUCAGUGCGUAAAUAAUUUUCGCUCGUUCCGCCGAUUCGUCAUCGGAGAGUCGUGACUUCGACUGGAAACAAGCUGCUAAUACACAUACAAACUCUGUCUUUCUUAGUAUUUCCUUUACAGUAGGCGACUUGGCAAUAAUCUCGCAGACCUCAAGACACGUCUCUAGUAACGCCGUACGGAAUGAGCCAGAGUAAACAACGAUUUCUGUAACCGAGCAACGUCAAUAAACAAAAUCUGACUCAAUUUUACCGUAUUCCAUUAAAUUGAAUAAUCCUCUCACAACGAAUCGUCAGCAGCCAAUCAAAUGAGCGCAACUGAAACUCGAUGUAUAGACUAAAUAUAGAUACCAAACUCGACUCCGAAUUUACAUUUCAAAACCAAAGAGUCCCAAUAUAAGUAGGAGCGCCAGGCCAAAGUCCGAGAGAUCCCUCGAGAUACACUAUCGGCGGAAAGUAGACGGCCGAAAGCCCGUAUACAGAACCUUCCCUUUUCGCCAUACCUCUCUGAUGGCGCAGACAGAGCGAGCGCCGUCCAUUUUAUAUUCGCGUCUCUCUCGCUCUCUAGCCUCGCAACCUAGCGCCUAUAAACGCAAACGUACACGAUAUACUCUCUUGCGUCCGUCGUUCAGUGCACGACGGAGACGAGCUGCUGUCGCAAGUAUUUACAGAGGAGAGCGAGAGAGAGAGAGAGAAGGAGCAGCCGAGUAGAGUUGUAUUUGUAUCUCUCUCGGUUGGCGCCAAAAAGGAGAAAGGAAAGAAAUAGUCCACUUGCAGUGCUGUGCGCGGAUCGAGCAGUAGGUACCGUGUUGCGCAACAGCGCAGGGAAGCUACUACAUCGUCGUCGAAUUAAUGCACACGCGUGAAAAAACGUACAGAGAACACAAGCAGCGAUAAAGAGAUAGUGCGCGCGUGCGAGGAAGACCGAGUGUACAGAGAAAGAGCGGGACGGAAGUGAAGAGUGCUAGCGAGGUGGUAGUCGUCGUAGAGCUCGAGAGUCUCGCUUUCGUUGUCCAUACUAUGUAUACACCCUUGGUAGAUCGCGAGACUUCUUAGCCGCUCGCGAGAGAGAUGUUCUGACCGUUUGCGCGCGCGCUCGCGCGUCUUUGUUCUUCCCCGCCUGUGGGAGAACGUAGCCGAGUCUGCCCUGGAUUUUUUACUCGGACGCACGUGGUGCGAAAAGUCUACUGGUUAUUCCUCCUCCUCGCCGGUGGAGAGGCUGUCUCUAUUGUGUGAGUGUGAUGGGUGCAUAUCGAUCGUGUCGUCGAAACGGGCCCGAGAGAGUUACGCCUCGUUAUAAGCGCCCGCGGUCGACGGUGCUUACGUCGCUUUCGAGAGGACGCGAUUGUACAAAGCAGUUAGCUCUAGAGAGAGAUUACCAGUAUCAUCUACCUGCGCAAGGAAAGUCGCCGUUGGGAUCGUAGAAUGUGCCGUGUAUAUAGCUAUAUAUAUAUACAGGCUGGAAGAGUUCGCGAGACUAUUGAUUGCCCGGAAGGCAGCUGUUUUAAUAGCCCUUCGAUCGUCAUUUACUUUCGAUUCUUUUUUCAUUGGACGACGAAUCGUAAAUUGAAAUAUUCGAUUAAUUUUAACCGCUGGAUUAGCGUGAGUUGUGGGCGUACGAAACCGACGCUUAUUUUACUUUGAACAGGCAAAUCGAGUGCACUCCAGCGUGCCAUAUGAAUGCGCGGUUAAUCAAUAAUCCGUAAGAUUAUUCGAGUACGUUUGCUCGGAACGAAAUUUAGUCUCUUCGUUGUCCAUCGCGUAUAAAUCUUGAACACCGCGAAGUUUGUUAAAGCACAGCAUGAAGUUGAUCGACGUUCCUAUUCGGAAAACAAAAAGGCAUCUCGCGAUACUUUCCAUCUCUAUAACAACCAUCGAGAGAAGUGAUCCCAGGCAGUUCGCGACGACGCUUGCAUUAUAGUGCACAGCUAAGUGUAACACGCAUAUAUAUAUAUCUCCGGCCGAGACACAUAUAGGUGCAAAAUGCAGUGAGCAGUCGCCAUACUGGGUUAAUCCAAAGGCUCUAAUAUCGUGUUUCGUUAUAUUUCGCGUGUCUGCCCGUUUCGACGACUCGUUGAAAUAAGCUUGACCGUGAAAGAGAGACAAAGAGAGAGAGAGAGAGAGAAAGAGAGAGGGGGGAAGCUACGUAGAAAAAUUAAGAAUGGCUUCGCUGCAGGCGCAUUACAACGGUGCAAAGACAAUAAUUCGCUGGUUGCCGGAAUGUCGGCUAAAACUGAUAAAGUAGGCGACGAAACUUCGAGGGCUCAAACUUUUUUUAUACAAAACAGGUGAAUACGUAAAUAGGAAGCAAAAUGGAGAGCCACGAAUAUGAAAGGAAGUUUCGGAGUAUGCAACAGUAUCUUCCAUAUUUGGAAGAGAAGAUCGAUGCGAUUAAAAAGAUCAAACUUAGAAUUACUUUUCCGGAUCCGGAGAGGGAGACUAAACUCAAACGUUUACAAGUGAUGUACUCGAUACUUACCAAUAGUCAAAAAAAAGUAAAUGUUAAAACUCUCGAGAAAUUUGAGUCCAUAAUACGGAAGAUGAUAGACCAGGAUGAGAUAGAUCGACAGGCUCAUAAAAGUUGUUCAUCAAAAAAAGACAUUAAUCCCUAUCACAAUCCGGACAUCAUCAGGCCAGGCAGCAGUUGUAGUACUGCUAGCGGCAGCAGUAUUAGUUCCAACGCGCACAAGAGUAACAGAAAGGUCUUCGACGACACACCGGCCUCGCCGAGUCCACCGCAUAGUCCACCGUCUCAUGAUUCGAGAUCCGCACCCAUUAUAAUCCCCACAGAACGACGCCCUCGCUAUGUGCCGGUCGCUGAUUCGCCACCACGUGUCUCUGUGUCAGGUCGGGGUAGGAACUACUUCGGUAGGAGUCCUUCACCAGAACCACAGUCAGCCAUACCUAAUGUAGUACCUAUCUCAAAAGUUGACAUUAAUCAAAUGCAACCUGGGGAAUGGGACACAGACGAAGAAGAUGAUAGGCCUGCGCCGAUAAACAAACGACCAGAAAUCGUGGUACCAAAACCUCCAGACGUAGCCGCCGCUGCUAAGAAGCUGGGAGAAACGUUUCCUUUCAAGAAGGAAGAAUUCAAGCCUGUGCCGAAACGAGAUAUGGAAAAGCCGCCGCACAUACCUCAUCCAUCGGACAAUAUACCAACGGUGCCAGUAAACGCAUUGGGUGGCUCGCGGCGUCUCGCAUCCGUGAUCGAAAAGACGAAUCUCUUGAACGAGCGCUCGAUUAACAGACUUCUUACGAGUCAUCGGCCAAUCUCGCCACCGCCAGGUCUUAACGACGAUAUCAUAAGAUCACCGUCUGAUCACCAUAUGCGCCAGCCGCCUGCCUCGGUGCCGUUCUCACCGACGAUGCGUGAUUCGACGUCAUCCGGUCCUGGUAUGCCGUCGUUGCUCUUAAGUGCUCCACCGACUCGCGCACCCGUACCUCUUGAGGAUAUUGUUGGUCUCAUGGACGACAAUGAACGUAACAAUCUAAGGAGGAAUGACACUGCCAAACAGCCGAGCACCGUAAGCUCUAGGCCUAUGCCAGUGCCACCGUCGAGGCUAGCAAUGCCCAACUCGUCACCGGUCGCCAUGAGCCCUAGGUCAGAUGGGAGUACGAUGUCUCCUUUGCAUACGGAUCCUAGACUAUCGGGUGAUCCACGAUCACGGCCAACAAACGACCCCCGCAGUCACAAUGUCAAUCCUCGUAGUCAUAGUAUCGAUCCACGAAAUCAUAAUAUCGAUCCUAGAAGUCACAAUAGUGACCCUCGAAGUCACCCGCCCAUGCCAUCAAGCGAUCCGCGGAGCCAUGGCAAUGCGGUACCAAGAUACGCAGACAAUUACGAGAGGCAUAAGCGCACGAUACCUGUACCUGAACCACCGAUGCCACCUAAUGACUAUGGCAGACAAAGGCAAAUGGAACAGUUUGGGCCAGAUAAUCCGGGUAUGAUGACGCAGCCGUUGCAUCCGGUUCCUAAUCCUGUACAAGUAUCAGGCCCAGUUCCAGGUCCAGCUCCAAAUCAAAAUCCUAUGUAUAAUCCUCACAAUCAAAUGGGUCCGAUGAAUUACGACUACCGCAUGGGCCCGGUUUCGGACAGCUACGGUAACGUUAAUGUAGGCCCUGCCAUGCAGUCGACCCAGCAACAAUGGAACGGUCCACCGCACCCUCAUAUGCAACCUGGUCCUCCACAAGCUCCGCACCCGUUCCCCAUGGGUCCAGGUAUGCGCGGGCCUGAGUCACAAGGCUGGCAAAACUCAGGACCAAUGUAUCCUGAGAUGCAACAACCCCUAAUGAUGAAUGGCGACGCUAGGAUGGGUGGCGGCUAUCCUGGACCUAUGCCGCCUAACAUGGGUCGUGGCAACACAUCCCACAUACAGCCACUGAUGAGCACCAACACCCGCUACCCCAACUAUCAGGAUACGGCGAGACCAUACGACGAGUUCCAGCGCUCUAGGACCUGGGCUGACACCAACAAUCGCGAUCAGGGACGGCCUUUCGGCGGCAGACCCAAUACAUCCUUCAACCGACCACCUGCUGUCAACUCCUGGGGUGGUAACAAAGAUGGGCCGCGACUGAAUAGGGACCCAAGGGUCACUUCCGGAGAUCGGGAUCCCAGGAAUCAGCAUCGUCCCGAACAACCUAACAGAUCUUCUACUCCAACCCCGAAAGAGCCACCUCUAACGAAAACGAUCAAAGGGCCACCCCCAGGCAAAGAAGUGCACCCGAAUAAGCUCGCCAAACAGGUGGCUGCCGAGAAGGAAACUGCAUCUAAGAAGCGACCUGAACUUCACAAAUUAGACUCGAAUAAGUCUAAGGAGAAAGAUAAAGAUAAAGAUAAAGAUAAAGACAAGCAUAAGAAUAGAGAUAAAGAUAAGUCAAAAAAGAAACCGGGAGAGUCGAUGAAGUCUCCCCUUACAGAUCUUUAUGGCACUAUAGACGCGAAGAAAGCCGUAACAGGAAUAGGACUGCAAAAGUUUAAAAUACCCAAAAAAAGGCCUUCUGCCGAUACUCGACCAGAGCCACAACCGGUUACUGAGGGUAAUUGCGAAGACGAUGAUCGUGUCUCUUCAGCUUCUCCCGGCCAUGAAUCCGCUACCAAAAAUCAGCCCGAAAGCAAAACAUCGAAAAAGCAAUCCAAGACUAAGGCUAGCGACAUAAUCAAAGAAAUAGUGUUCAAUGACUCUUCAGACAAUGAUGUUGAGAAUUUAUCUGAGAUAAUAGAUCUACAAAAGCGCAAAAAGUCAAAGAAAAUCCGGAACCUUAGCAAAACUGAUUUGUCGGUUCUUGUAAAGUCUCUUAUGAAAAAAUUGAAAGAGAAAAAGGGCGGUGGCGACUCUUCGUCAGACGAUGAUGAUGAUUACGAUUGCAGCGAUGCCAAAGACGACGACAACGAUGUUGGCAACGGUAAAGUAAGUCCUGCACCUUCUCCCACAAAGAGUAAACUCGUACAGAAGAAGAGACGGAAAGCAAUCAUUGAGUCGUCGUCCGACGAUUCGGAGUCUGAAUCCGCUCCUCCGCCCUCUUCGUCGUCAAAAAAAGAUAAGAAGAGGUCAGAUUCGAAAAAAUCGACCAGUGAUGUUAAAAACAAGGAUCCUGAGAAAACAGAGAAGGAGAAGAAAAACGAUAAGAAGAGUUUGAAAAAGAAGUCCAAUAAGAUUACCGACGAUUCAGAAUCUGGUAAGGAAAAAGAGGAUACGUUACCAGAGCCCAGUCCCGCAACUGAGAAAGAAAGCGUCCCUGCAGAAACCCCUAUUGUUUGCACUAUGACAACUACCACUACAACAACCACUACCAAUGCUCCAGUCAAACCAAAGCCAAAGCGUCGUUUCCGUGAACUUGACAUGCUGCAGGAAGAUCUAAAGUCCAGCUGGAUAUGCGAUGGUGCCAUGAAGGCCACAGGUAGUCGCACGUGCAGUUUAAAGAAUAAACCGCAGGAACCCGAACACGCAACAGACGAUGAACAUUCUACAUCACCUGCUAAGGGUGCAGCUCGUAAACUGAAGAAACCAGCAGUACCAAAAUCAAAGGCUGCCUCAAAAGUAAAAAAAGCCACUUCAGAAUCGAGUUUACUUGCAAGCUCAGACAGUGACGAAGACAUGCCUCUGGCACGCAGAUCCGAGGGUUUUGGAACCGACACAAGUAGUACUACUUCAACUUCCAAAUCAAAAAAAGACACGUCGCCAAAGGCGACAAAUAGAAAAUCCCGUGCUAAGAGCGUUCCUAAAGUGCCGCCUCCGCUUUUUGACAGUUCGUCCAAUGACAGUUUCAAUUUGGACCCAUCGGCUGUCGAACCAACUACUGACAUAUCUCUGCACCCUGAGACCUCCGGAAAGGGCAAGAAUCCGAAGAAGAGCGCUAAAAAGACUGCUUCUGCCGAUGCGGAAUCUUCAUCGGACGAAAGUUUCGUAUCGAAUACAUCGUCGUUGCUACCAGAGAAUUCGGCGAAACCGCGCGAUAACAAUGCGGAGCUCCUCGAUGACGUUAUAGCUGAAUUGGCAAGAAAGACUGGUAAGAAGAAGCAAAUCAAGAAGAAAAAGAGCAACUGGCAGAAUGGCAUUGUUUCAAAGAAAAAGAAAAAGAAGGCAGUUAAUAGACUGGACGAGAGUACGAGCCACGAAUCAGCUGUUGAUACGUCGAUGGCGAACGAUACUGACGCAACCAAAGAGGCAGAGACCAGCGAGAAUCCUGAUAGGCCCAACGACGACGAUGAAGUCGGUUUUCGAUUAACGUCGGAAAAUGCUAGUGCCAAUGUACAAGAUGACGAGGAUUUAAGUAAAAGAGUUGAUGCUGAAGCUCUUAUUGCUUACACGUACAACGGCAACGAAAAGUACCAAUGUCUACUCUGUCCGUUUUACCGCAAGAACAUCGUUCAUCACUACAAGAUGUCGCAUCCUCGGAAAGAGGUUCUCAUAUCUCGUUUACCAGUGGAGGGAGCCAAUCUCGCUAUAGAAGAGUCUGAACGACUUGACUUUGAAAACAAUGCAUCACCCAUGGAUAAGGACACCGGCAAGUAUAGCUGUCGAUUUUGCACAUUCACGUCCAAGGGCAUUGACAGCUGCGCGCGUGAGAGCUUUUAUGAGCAUUGUACAAAUCACACAGGCGAAUAUCGCUUCUCAUGCUUAAACUGCAACUACGAAGCCAUAGCCAAGGGAUCUAUACGCACACAUUACUACAAGGAGUGUAGAAAGCUCACACCCAUGAAGAACUUUAAUGAGGCGGUGAUUGAGUGUCCGAUCCCCGAUGAGGAUCGGAUAUACGGUUAUUUGUGCGGAAAGUGUAACUUUGUACAGCUAAAGAAGAGCAACGUAGAACAACACGUUAAAAGAUGGCAUAGUAAAGAAUCAGAUACCGUAAAGAUAAUCAAAAUUGAUAUGUCACUAAACUUAAAAAGAGACGUCGAUGUAAAAGUAAAACCCGAAGAUUUGGUGGAUGAAUCGAUUGUUCCGCACAACAUCGCACUGAAGAAUGAAAAGGAAGCGAUUGCCGAGUCUGAGACUAAGGAAGUCAACGUUAAACCAGCUGUUACCGAUGAGUCCGCGGCAGAAAUAGAAAACGAAGCUGAAAAUGAAAAUGAAAUCAGUGUGAUGAUGGAGGCAACUGAGCAUAAACCUCCCAAAGCUGAAAAAACUGAAAAGAGUAGUAAUCUCAGCGCCUUUGUUUGUCCUGAUGAACUUGUUGAUAAAGAUGUAGAAAUUCAAAAUGAGCGCAAAAAGAAAAUGCAGGAAAUUGCGCAGAACAUUGGAAUCAAGGUUGAUAAAGAAGAAGGUCAAAAGCGACUAUCUAUCACCGAUCAACUUAAAAAUAAGAUAGCAACAUCGCUACCAGCUGCUGAGCCUGAACUUGCCAUUUCUGAAAAAGUCGAAGCUUCUGAAGGUGAAGCGAAUGGGUCGAUUGGACCAGCGGAAGAUGUUGAGGAUCCACUUCAUAUACCUGAAGAAGGAGCUGAAACUAAACCGGCAGAAGCUACUGUUACCGAAGCUCCAGCUGAAGUAUUGUUGCCUGAAAAGUUAAAAGAUGACCCUGAAGUAUCUGAUGUAUCUGAGAAAGAGGAUAAAUCUAGCGUAAAAAUGAAGGAUCCACUUGAGUUUGUUAAUGAAGCAACUAAAAAAGAUAGUGAUGAUGAAACGAGUUAUGAAGAAACAAAUGUCGGACCUGUUCAAUACGAUUCUGAUUCAAGUGCUUCGCAGUCUGAUCAUGAAAUGGCAACCGAUGUUAAUAGUAUCCUUCAGAAUACCGGUGAGAUGCAUUCGCCUUCGAAAGGUCAGAUGAUGACAACAAUACAACGUCUCGCGGCGCAGCUGCAACAAAAACCUUUAGAUACACCUGAUUUACCUGAAGGUGAACCUGAGAGUAUUAAUGCAGAUGCGCCAGAUGUAGAAGUAAAGGUAGAAAAGACUUCGCCAAAACGUCCUGGUGAUGACAUGGCCAUUCUUUCACCUACUAAAAUAAAAAAGGAAGUUAAAAGAGAGCCUAUGUCACCUCCUUCACAGGUUAGAAAUGAAGGCGCUAGAGUAGAUGAUAACACUCAAAAGCCGGUCAUCCGAAUAAGAAGGAUUAGUGGAGAUAAGCUUUCUAAAGGUGGAGAACCAGAAUUAACUUCGAUGGCCACUAUUGAACGUGUUCAAUCUAAUGCAAACGAAGAUGACUCAGGAUUUUUAAAGAUUGCGAACGUCGUUAGUCUUGCCGAAAAUGAAACUGAUAAUAAAAUGGUAACACAUAUAAGAAAGGCCAUGGAAAAUUCUCCGCAAAAGAACAAAGGUUUAUCUGUUCUUAAAAAAUCGAAUUCCUUCAUUUUAAAACGAGUUGAUAACAAUGAAACUGUAAAGUUGAUCCCAAUAACUAUAGCCGGAAACUCGAGAGCGGUAACUAAAGCAGAUAAUUUCAUUUCGAUUGGCGGUCAACAAGCUAUGGCUAUUAAACUUGAUAAAGGCGUAGCUGUACCGAUUACAAUGGGUACGUCUGGCAAUGCUGCAACAACGCUAGUUAGCUCAUCAAAUCAACCCUUUAAGUUUCUUAAGAUAGCUGCACCCGAGCAGGUCUCAGUAGCCAUUAAGCUCAAAUCAGCCAAUGUCUACGAAAAAAUGCUCAAGGACGACAAACUGGUGCAUAUGUUUAAAUGUAUGGGCAGAGAUUGCUGUUUUACCACAAGUACUGAACAGGCUUUCCACAAACACUUAAGGAUACAUGAAGAUGACGCAGGAAAUAAAGGAAAUAACGAACAACCUAAAGAUUACUUUAAAUGUGCCUACUGUUAUAUUGAUUGCAAGAGCUAUGACGAACUAAUGUUCCAUCUGAAGAAACAGCAUAUUUUCUGUAGAUAUUGCUGCAAGUACUGCUUCUAUCGUGCAUUUGCCUACUCUUAUGUCGAAAUACAUCAGAAAACUUUCCACCAAAUGAAAAAAGUUCAUAUUCUCGUGGUUAGUGAAGAACUUGUCCAAAUGCCACCACCUUCAAAGAGAUUGGAACGCAAACAAAUUAUUAAGCCGUAUGUCUGCGUCCACGAAUGCAACAAAUAUUUCUUCAUACCUGAAGCGUUUGUGCUACAUCUUAAUAUGCAUCAUGCAAAUAUACAGUCCAACUUCAGAUGUCAUUUGUGCCUGACUACUGUUCCAACUGUUGACAAUUUAAUCGAGCAUUAUAAGCAGCAUGGUUAUUUUAAAUACCAUUGCAUGUACUGCACUCAUGGCUCGGCAUCUAUGAAAGAACUACACAGCCAUCUCAGCUCAGCUCAUUACAACCAACCUCCACACAUUCUCGAAAGGUGUCUACCGCGCGAGAUCUCGAAAAAUAUGAGUGCUAUUGACCAGCUCCGUGUGCGUGACGUUGAUGCAAUCUACCGUCAAAGAAGGGGCGCUUUCGAAGAUGAGCACAACGGAAAAGUACCUAUUCCUGCGCUCAACCGAAAUCCGAUUCAGAAGCCCGCUAGUCCUAUGACUAUAAUACAGCAACAUCCACCUUUGAUGACUGCCAAGGUAAUCACAACAAAGGAAAACAACAACCCUGGCGGGACUUUUGUGCCUCUUACGAAUCUUGACGGGGGUGUUUCCAACAUCAGGAUAUUAGACGCCCGUAGCUUGAGCACCUCUGCAAAUACAAGUUUAUUAAAUCUGGGAAAGAACAUCAAGGUGACUGUAACUGAUCCAACAAACACAACUAAUAAGGACAAGCUAUCUAUUAACAAUGCAAAUAUCGACGACGACAACGAAUUUGUUAGCACCAAUUUGCUUGAUCACACCGAAUUACUAUCUGGCAAAAAGACGAAUCAGUCAACAAAAGCCAAUGUUGCUAAAGCUGAUGAUUACGACAGUGACAUAGAAAUUAUUGAGGAUUACACCGACACUACGACUAACAAAGAGACUCCUCCCAUUAAGAAAGCUGACAUAAAAGAAGAAGUAGCUGACAACUCAAAAACUCAAGAUUCUGAUGAAUCUUCCCCAUCAACAGAAACGUCUGAAUCAGGAACUGUUGACGUUAAAUCCUCUUCUAAACCUAACAUACCUAACAACGAAGGUCGUUUUCUAAAAAUCGAAGACGUGAAGGGUACAGGAUUUGAGGGCAAAGAACUGUUUCAAUGUGGCGUUCAGGCGUGUGUCUUUGCAGCUGAUACCGCUGAAAAUCUGCGCUUGCACAUGGUACAAUGUAGUCCAAAUAUCGAUGAUGGUAUCACCGAACCGACGCCACUUUACUGUGUACAUUGUGGACCCUCAAGCAAACGGUUUAGCAAAGCCACAUUCUUUAUUGAUCAUCUCAAAACGCACGGUCUAAAACGGUUUAGCUGUGCGGUUUGCGAUGCUAAAUUCGCGGUACAGGGUCAGGCUCAGUCGCAUGUUAGAGCCAAGCACAAGUAUGUGAACUCAAAAAUAGUACCAGCUGAUCCGAUGAAUCCAUCGACGGACGGACUGUUCAUUGUUCAUCCAGUUAAAACUUCGGAAAAGCUUAAGAGCAAAAAACACAAGUCUCCAGAGAAAAACGAUCCCUCGAAGUUAGCUGAGUUGGAAAAGACGACCUACAGUCCAGAUGAGAUCGAAAAACUCCCCCUUUCAGCUAUCUUUAUGCGUGCUGCGCAGUGUGCUCUCUGCCCCUACAGCAACAAAGUUCGUACCAACGUAGUCAGGCAUCUGCAAGCUCAUCUAAAGGACGAAAGUGUGCCCGAUUCAAGUCCCGUAAAUCCGGUACCGUGUCUCGACAAGAAAGAGCGCAUGUUCGACAAGAUGGUCAACCUUGCUAGCAGUUCCCACGAGAAUGGUAGAAUGGGUAGCGGUGGCUCUGCGAAUAAUUCUCAAAAAGAGCCAGCGAAGUCUGAAGAAGACGAGGGCGUACCCAAAUACGUUCCUGAAAAUAAAAGAUUCGUCUGCGGAGUACCGGAAUGCAAUUACUUAACGGUUGAUGAACCGAUGUUGCGGCAUCACUUAAAAGCCUUGCACUCGGACGAGCUGUACUUUCGGUGUCCCCACUGCCCUGCGCCCAGCCCAGGCCAGGAUAUCGCUCAAAACAUAGCCCUCGAAAAAAUGGGCAUUCACUUAAAAAUGCACGAUAGCCGACUUUACAAGUGUUCUCAUUGCAUUUACCAUCACUAUCACAGACACUUAGUCGAGCGUCAUAUGAGCGACAAGCAUCCGGACAAACGUCAGUUCGUUAAGGUGAUCCGGGAACUUCAAACUGACCAGUCAGUCGACGAGCCCCAACCGGAGCAGCAACAGCAGGAAGAACAACAGUCGACGACGGCAUCUCAGGAAUCCGAAGAUUCCGCGACUCCGGAUCCCGAUGGCAACACUUGGAAGUGCAACCUUUGCGACUUUAAGUGUGUCUACAAAAACGCCAUGCAAUCGCACGUGAUCAACGCCCAUGAUGAGAAGUGUCAGUUCAAGUGCAAGGCUUGUGGAUUCAGAACCACCACUAAAAUCAAUUUUGAUCCACAUCUUUUGAACAAACAUCCUACCAACCCGAAUGUCGAGUUCAUCACCAUCUUUCAAAGGAUCAAGGGUCUGAAAAAAAUAGAAUCAGAGCCAGCCACACCCCAAGACGAGCCGUUUGAUACAACGCCACUUUGGCGUCGCGACAUGCCGCGAAUCCGACACAUCCGUGGUAUCCUCCUCGAGGAGGAGGACGAAACCGAUACAAUACGAGGAAAGCGCAAGGCCGAUGAUAGCUCAGGCAAAUCGGCGAAGAUUAAGUCAGGCAAGUCGGAUGAUACGAAGUCACCAGAUGUCAAGAAAGCGCGCAUGUCGAUCGACGGUACCAUGAAAUUUGCAGACGGCAACUAUGGAUCGUACGGCAAGCCUGAUGGCAACCAUUACACCUGCCCCAUUUGUGGCGUUUUCAAAUCCAAGUACAAGCAAGACUUCCGCGAUCAUCUUUUCAGGGAUCUUAAGUACUUUAGGUGGACUUGUCCCAAAUCAGACUGCGCGUACAAGUCAGUAAACCGUUCAUCUUUAUCCAAGCACCAUUACAGUAGGCACGGCGAGGAAGAUUUCGAGCCAGAACCCUCGAGUCCUAACGACGAUAUAGAGGAGUGGGUUGCAAUGGUGAUAAAACAGCAAAAUGACAUCAUGAAGGGGAGCGUCCCACCUCCUACUGAAGAAGAUGCAGAAGAGAGCGACUGCGAAGAACUUACCAUUGACGUUAAAGAAGAGGAUGAUAACGAUAUCUCAGAUAACGAUGACGAAAAAGUUUCGUCUGAAGUACUCUCAACACCAGUGACUUGCAAACAUUGUCAGAAGACUUUCGCCAAGUGGCGCGGCUUCAAGCGACACGUGCAGCUUAAACAUCUCAAGCGAUUGACCUUCUUGUGCCCCUACUGCGAUCGCAGCACCAACUCAGAGGCCGAGAUUCUGAAGCAUCUGCGCUCCCAGCAUAAAGGCAUGCCAGAAAAAGUACUGGAAAAUCCGAACCCACAAACGAGUGAAUUGAGCGCAGAGUUCUGGGAGCGCGAGUACGGACUCGUAGUGCCCAGUCAAAAGAAGAAGCGCAAGAAACCGGAGGACAGUGUAAACGACUCAGUUAGAGAAUAUGCCUGCGAUAAGUGCGAUUUUAUUGCUAUGAACAAUGCUGGACUAAAGAGCCAUUUGAAAACGCACGAGGUCAGAGUCAAGCAAAAGUGCGAGUACUGCACAUUUAGCAGCUUCAAUCCAUCCGAGAUGCGACAACACUGGGAGGUGAACCACCCUCAUCUCGAAUUCAAGGUGGAAGAAGCCAUCGUGAUGUCAACUUCAUCGAAUUCCGGAAAUUCGAACGUACGCACUGCGAAGAAAGCAAAACUUGACGAAGAGAAAAAGGCGACCGUAUAUUACUGUUACUAUUGUAAUAUGGGCAGUACGUCGCUUGAUGCUAUUCGAAGUCAUUGGAAAAUGAUACACACUAACGAUAGCAAAUCUGCUAUUUUCAAGUACAAGGAGCACAGCGAGCCUAGAGUGAAAUGCGCCUAUUGCGCUGAACCCGGUACCAAAUCCAUCCUCGUCAAUCACAUCUGGCAGAAGCACGGCAAUGACAAGCCUGUUCUGCUGGUUGAGAGGGACGAGAAUGGUUGGAUGUGUAAAUGGUGUAAGGGAGAGUUUUUCACGACCAAAGAAGAAAUCGAUUCCCAUCAGAAGAUGUUCCACUCGCACUUACCCAUGAACUAUAAAAUUAAGCGACGGAUCUUUUCGUGCAAACAGUGCACUUUUGAAACUCUAUAUUUCGAUAUGAUGCAGAAACAUGCGAAGAAUCAUUUGAAUUCUUACAAGUGCAAACAUUGUGUCAGUGUAUUUAAAACAUUUGCCGCAGUCAAGUCGCAUUUCAAGAUCGCUCACCCUGAUAAAGAACCUGAAACUUGUACAAUUACGACCGACGAUCUCAACAAAGAAAUCGAAACCAUUCUCAGUGAGGCCGCCGUUUUCUCCGAUGUUCAACUUUCUCCUGUCAAGGUAUCAACGUCACCCGUGAAGACGCCACCUACAAGUCCAAGAAUCGCUAAGAAGUCGACUACAAAGCAGUCGGUGGUCAUACCUAUGCAACCAUUCCCAAAUAAGAUUAAGGCCGUGGCCAGAAAAUCGACGAACCCUCUGCCUAGAUAUCCUGCGGGGACUGUUUUUGAGACGGAAAACUUACCGAAUUAUGUGUCGUAUUAUGGUAAACCGACUGUUCCAGUUGAUUUGGGCAGUCUUAACACGAUGCUUGCUAUAGGUGGAUUAAAAAUGAAGGUCGAUUGUGCGAAAUUAGCUGAAAUGCUCAACAUUGAGCCAACUUUAAAAAUAAAGGAUUUUAUGAAGGAGAGGGGUAGGGAUCAUCGAUGAAGAAUCCAUGAAACGUAAUUCUAAGUGGUAAUUCAGAUCAAAUAAGACACGAACUGAAAACUUGUUUUCAUUUUCUCUUUUUUUUAUGUUAAGUUUUUAUGUUAAGCGAGGAUAUCAUUUUCUAGACGAUUCAAGUAUCUUCGAUUCAAAUAAAAUAAUCAAUUUUUGAUAAAAGUAUAAUUAACUUAGAAAUUUUUUUUCUGUUUCACAGCAUUUGCUUCUUAUAUAAUUUUGAGGAAAAUUAUCAUACAAUUCAAAUCGAUUGGUUGUAAUAACAAUCACUACUUUUAAUCACGAAUGGUAUAUUUUUAAUAAAUCGGUGUUUAAUCCGUUUCAGUAGAUUAUAGCACUAAAAUAAUAUGGCUAUCAAUAACGUGAAUCAGUGAUACCCACGUGAUAUAUUUUAUUGCUGGAAUAUUUUUUAAUUUGUAUUUAAAUCAUGAUCAAUCCUAGUAUAUUUAUGAAAAAGUAAAAAAGCGGAGUCAAUUGAUCAGCAAAUAUGAAUUUCUAGCGCAACCAGUAUAUUUAUCAAUAAAUGUCUGUAUAUGAUUAUUUUUUGUAAAUACUUCAAUAAGUAAAUUAAUUUAAUGUUAAUACAUCUUUAAAUCGUGAUUCAGUUCUUACAUUAGACUUUUUUAGAAUUUACUUCUUGUAUGAAAGAGUUUUAAUUUGUAAAUGGUUUCAUAAAACUCUAAUAAUAAGAUUCAAAGAUGGAAGUAAUGCAGUGUGUCAUUGCAUUUGAAUUUUGUACGUACGGAACAAACUCUGUCUCGAAAAACAGUAGUGAGCCUGAUAGAAAUUCGAUAAUCAGUUCGUUGUAGUAAAAAUAACAUAAAAAUGCUUGAAAACAGAGGAAGACUGAUGAUGUGUGGAAACCUUUGAAAAACUUGUAAAUAUAGUGUACAAAACCUUAAAUAAAUAU